AAAUGCGCUUUUUUCAUGUUGAUUUUUGUGAAUUUUGUUCGUUCAAUUGUUUUAUUUUUAAAUUUGAUUGAUCAAGUUGAACAUCAAGUUUACCAUUAAUUACGAAAUGGUUUUCACACCAGAUAAAUUUUACGCUGGUACUGAUUAUAGUGAUGUUUUGGAUAGUAACAACAAGAAUGUCAAACAAACGACACCGGUCAGAAAGGUGGAAAAAUUCGAAUGGAAUUCCGACCGUUUUGUAAAAAGUUUGGCCAAAAAGAAUAUUCGUAUUACGAAUUCGGAAUAUCAUGGAUACAAACGAAAAACUAUGAGUGCUCAUAAGCAACCAUUCAAAAAAUUAGACCUAAUAAAUAACUGUGGCCAGAGUAAUAUGCGCGACUAUAUUGUCAGUUUCCGUCGUGCUCAUAAUAGAGAAAAUGUUAGUUUCGAUAGACAUCCAGAACAGCCAACGGAAACGAAUGCCCCAAAAAAAGUUCUGAAAGAUUAUUUCGAAGAUAAUCGACGUUCAGAGCCGAUUGUUGCGUUCACACCAAUCAAGAAAAAAAAGAUUGAUCAACAAUCGGAUGAAUUUGAAGAAAUUGAUGAUAUAUUGGGCACACAGGAAAAUCACACGGCUAAUGAGCAACUGAAUAUUGAAAACGCCAACAAUAAUAUUGACAAUGACAAUCUAUCAUCUGUUGCUUAUGACGGCGAUAAUAAUCGUGAAACUGAAAAUGAUGAAGAAUUAUGGGCACGAUUAGCUGAAUAUGAUCCAGAUCUUAUUAAUGAAAAGAAUGCCCCACUUGGUUUGAUUAAUCUUGGCAAUACUUGUUACAUGAAUGCUAUUGUUCAGAUUUUAUUUUCGUUUGAUUUUUUCAUGAAAGAUGUUAUCGAAACCUAUACAAAAUUAAGUGAAUAUAUACGUACUGAAAUUGAGAAUCAAUUACCAAUAACUUAUAAUUUUAUUGAACUUUAUCUCAAAUAUCAAAGUAGAGAAAAUCGAUCAGUAAUCGAAGAAUUUUUGACUUUGUUUCAAAAUUCUUUCUGUUCCUGGGUUGAAAAUUUCAAAUCCAAUGAACAACAAGAUGCUGCCGAAUUUUUUACAUUGAUUCUUGAUAACAUAAAACAAGAAAUUGAUCAAAAUCAUAGCAAAUUUUUUUCUCCUGCUUCAUCUUAUCGUAAUCCUAUUGAUCGAUGUUUCGAGUAUGAAAUUCUUGCUGAAGCUGAAUGUCCUCAAUGUCGAAAACCAUGCGCCAAAUCAGUCGAUCCUAAUUACAAAUCCAACACAUUUCAUUUGCCAUUGGAUUCAAAUGUUCAGGUUUCGAUUUUGCGAUAUUUUAAUAAUGAAAUUAGUCGAUCAAAAUGUCCGGACUGUGAUGAAAAUUUCAUAAUAAAAAAACGUUUCGUUAAACUGCCCAAGAUUCUUUUCAUUCAAAUGUUAAGAUAUUCGGAAGAUGGCUCAAAAGAUAAUACAGCUGUUCCAGUUGCCCAUACAAUCUAUUUGCCCAAACAAUUUAUUCGUAUACAAAGUUGUUUAAUGUCACCGUUAUCGACUCCAUAUAAGACAAGUUUAACACAAUCAUAUAAUUCAAUUUUGAAAGAAAAGAAUUCAUCAGUAACCCGAAGACUGGAAUUUGAUGAGCCAAUAAAUUCUGGAUCAACAUCGUCUCGACUUACAAGCAACAGUAAUGCUAACAUUAGAUCAAUGAAUUUGAAUUCAGAUGAAAAUAAUGGUGCUAUGGUCAUUUCGGCAACAAAUUUAAAUCGACAAACCAACAACGAGACCGAUACAAAUGAUCAAGUUGUAUUUGAUCAAUCCACCGAAUGUGAAAGAUAUCAACUAGUCUCAGUAAUCUGUCAUCAAGGCCCUUCAAUAACAUGUGGUCAUUAUACUUGUUAUGUAUAUAAUUUUGACUAUCAAAAAUGGUAUCACUGUGAUGAUAGCAUCAUUACCCAAGUUCCUUUCAAACAACUUGAAAAAAAUUCCUUGACCACUGGAUAUUGUUAUUUCUAUGCCCGUACUGAUCACGAUUAUCAUUCAUGAUUUAUUCAAUGGCUUUGUUUCAUUCUACUGUGACAUCCUUAU